CUCCCCAAAAGAUUGGACAGGAUAAUGCCAAAGCUACGGUAUUUGGGAUUGAGAUGGACGGUUCUUGAUUCACUUCCAACGUCUGUCCAGUUCUUGUCCCACCUGGAUACAUUAGAUCUGAAGCACACCAAUGUAACUCGUGUGCCCAGUAGCAUUCUGAAGGUACGGAGCCUCCAGCACCUAUACAUGAACGAAGUAUGUAUGGACCGGUCAAUUUUCUAUAACGCAUCAUCUCGAAAGUCUUUAGCCAACCUUAAAACUCUCUGGGGCCUACGUAUAGAACGUAAGAGCGCCAUGCUGUCGGUGUUGGGUAAAUUUACAGGUCUCAGGAAGUUGGGUUUGACAUGCCAUUGCACGGUGAUGAGCGAUGCAGCCAAGUCUGUCGCACGCCUGACCAACCUUCAAUCUCUCAGGUUGAGAUCAUUGGAUAUAUUUGAUCACCCUUCGUGCCUAAAAUUGAGUGACAUGAGUCAACAACAAUCUCUUUCCAAUUUGCACCUGAUCGGAGCAUUGGAACUGCAAGACUUGCAAUGCCUUCCUCGAAACCUGCAGAUCCUUACCUUGUCGAUGACACAACUAGAGGAGGAUGAGAUGGAAGUCUUAAAGAAGCUCACCGGUUUGACCAGUCUUAGGUUAUUGGCCGGCUCGUACAAGGGUCAGAGCAUGACCUGUGCCGACGGGGCAUUCCCGGCACUCCGGGUCUUGAAACUGUGGAAACUGGAACCACUGGAGAAAUGGACUAUAGAGAAAGGUGCUCUGCCCCGCCUCCAAGAGUUGGAAAUCAGAGACUGCACAAGACUGAUUCAUAUUUUUGGGCUAAUUCAUGUAGAAGACUUGCAAGAAAUUAAUUUGACGAAUUUGGAGAAAGAAGUCGUCAUGACGGUUGAAGGAAUGCGCCUGAAAGCAGUUGUCAUAGUAAGAGAAUUGGCCGUCCCUCCUCUGCAAGAAGGAUACAGCAACAUUGACAAUGAGGAAGAUGACAAAAAUGGUGAUGAUACUGGUUUCGAAGAAGUUUUGGAGGACAUGUCCGAGGACGUGUUGGAAUACGUGCCAGAAGAUUCUUCCCAAUUGUGAUUGUGCACUAAAUCAAUUAGGUAUUAGAUUGAGAUUGGGAUUGAUUUGUAGAAUACAUUAUUUCCAUUUAUAUAUACUCUUGUACUAUAUUUACAGAGCCGAGUACAUUAGGGAUCAUUGAGGAGAA